GUGGGCGGGGAAGACGGAGAUUUCUUCGCCCUGCUCGCCCUUGGUGUUUUGCGAACACAUCGGGGCUCCCGGCUCUUGCAAGGUUCAUUCUUGUGCGGUGCCCAGAAGCAGGAACGGUCCACGAUGAACCGCUUGACACAGCACCUGCUGGAGCUGUUGAAGACGAUGGGCAGUGGUCGCGAUUUUGAUAGAGUUUUGGAAAAGAUGACUCUGGUCUCUGCUACCCCUGGGAAACUGAUUUGUGAAAUGAGAGUAGAAGACGACCAUGCCAAUAAGUACGGCACUCUGCAUGGUGGCAUGAUAGCCACCUUAGUGGAUAACGUAUCAACAUUGGCUCUGGUAUCCACAGAAAGGGGAGCACCAGGAGUCAGUGUCGAUAUGAACAUAACGUACAUGGCACCGGCUAAAAUAGGAGAAGAUAUAGUGAUAACAGCCCAUGUUCUGAAGGAAGGAAAAACACUUGCAUUUACCUCCGUGGAUGUGACGAAGAAGGCCACGGGAAAAUUAAUAGCACAAGGCAGACACACAAAACACCUGGGAAACCAGAACACCAUCGCCUAAAGAAAUCCAACAGCGAACACCAAGUGUAAAU